GAAGACUAAAAGAAAGAAAUUGUAUUUGGACUUUUUUAUAUGAAAUUCAGUGUACUGUUCUGUAUAUUAUAUUGCAUAAAUUAUACACAAGAAAGGUAAAAUACCAAUAUUUACCAAAAUUGCCAUAAUAUGACAGUGGUGCAAUUAUACAGUCAAUACUCUUCAUUAUAGUGAACAUUUCAGCAUUUACUUAUCAUAAUGGCUUAUUAUGGUAUUUUGAGAGCAGGAAUCUCUGCACAGAAAACUCUAUUAAUUAGAUCAUCUAUUUCUUUGUUAAACUUGUAUCAAAUUAGAAGGAAUUAUUCAUGUUCUUCAUUGUUUGGAACUUCUCUUAUUUUCAAAAGAACAAAUGAUAAAUUUUAUGAGUUAUGCUCAACAAGAGACGUUACAAGUCCUGCGUGUCUGAGAAUAAUUAACCCCAACAACUUAACAUGGAAAGUCUCAUUUACUACAGCAACUGUGAAUUUGAGAUCGAAGAAAAAUAAAGAAAUAAACCCGCCCGUUGACAGCGAGGAGGAAAUAACGGAUGAUAAUCUUUUAGAAGACCCAGAUUUUGAAGUUCUUAGGAGUGAGGUGGAUAUCUUGGAAUUUAUUGGGUCUCAGUUAGCAUCCAGAACAGAGCUGGGUGUGAUGGUUCUUCAGCCAUGGGUCAAGUGGGGGUAUCAUAAGAGAGGGAACACUACAGCACAGUUAAUGUUGGAUGAAGCAGUUGCUCUGGUCUCUACAUUACCAGGCGUCCAUGUUGUGGAUAAGGAGGUUGUGCCACUAAGAGACUUAAAAGGAAAGAAAAUCUUUGGCUCUGGGACAAUGGACAGACUCGUUUCCAAAGCACGCUCCCUCAACAUAGUUUCCUGUGUGUUCAUUAGUGUCAACAUGAUGAAGAAGUCACAAGUAAUAGAACUUGAAGAAAUAUUUGGCUUAAAGGUUUUGGAUCGUUAUUCUGUAGUGCUGGGUAUAUUUCGACAUCAUGCUCGCACAAAAGAAGCUAAAUUACAAGUGGCUUUAGCAGAAUUGCCAUACAUCAGAAAGAGCAUAACAGGGGAAACUGACCGCAUGAUGGUAAUGGAGAGAGAGAAGAAAUUGAAGAAUGCUCUCGCCAAGUUAGCUGGAAUUCGGGCAAUGGUUAGAAAAAGCAGAAAAAAAUCAAGCCUGGCCUCAGUUGCAGUUGUUGGUUACACUAAUGCUGGUAAAACCACCUUAAUUCACUCUCUCACUGGGGAUAACCGAGCUCAAGGCAAAAACCAUCUGUUUGCUACACUAGAUGUGACGGCUCAUGGUGGCAGACUACCAUGUGGUAUUGAAGUGAUCUUCAUAGAUACUGUGGGCUUUAUUCAAGAUAUUCCAACAAGUCUAGUGGCAUCCUUUACUGCAACAUUAGAGGAUGCUGUGUAUGCAGAUGUUGUUGUGCACAUCCGUGAUGCAAAUCAUCCGGAUUAUGAAUCGCAAGGAGCCACAGUUGUCCGGACACUUUCCUCUCUCCCUCUCCCAGAGAAGACUCCUAUUAUUACAGUAGCUAACAAAAUUGAUUUAGGAAUGGUAAAGCCUAAAGAUGAAUUGGGAGAUGUGCAUUUAGUCUCUUCAGUUACUGGCCAGGGAUUGGAAGAACUUAUGAAAUCUAUCCAGAAAGAAGUUUUGAGAGUUACUGGUCGACGUUUAUGGAAGUUCACUCUUCCAACGGGCUCUUCCCAAAUACAAUGGCUGAGAAGUGCUACUGGCUUGGCUUACGAGGAAAUAGAUCCAAAUAAUUCCCAGAAAACCAAUGUUAUUGCUGUUUUGACUGACCAAGAACUUUCUGCAUAUGAAAGAAAUUUCAAAGAGUAACAGUUUGAAGUUGUUGUCUGUGCACAUUUAUUUUAUUUACAACAUAAGAUGUGAACAGAGGUUUUUGGUUCAUAUUUUUUAUUUGAAUAUUUCAUAUUUAAAAUUUUGAGCCUUAAGAUUAAAUUUACCAAAUGAAUUGUGGUAAGUAAUUCAGGAAAGUACUACAUUGAUCCAUAAAUAUUUUAAUUGUUAAUUUUGUUUUAUGUCAACAUAA